AAAAAAAAAAAAAGAAAGAAUUUUUUUCAUUCAUUUUUAUUUAUUUAUUUCCUUUUCAAAUUAUGAACAAACCAACCAAAAGUAUUCUAAAAUAUAAGCCCGAAGCAAACAACUCAUUUCCCUUACAGCAACAACAACAGCCUCAAUCUUGGCUAUCUCGACUACAGUCUAAACUCUACAACAGCAAUCACAGUCUUCAUCAUGAUAACAAUCCUCUAUUACUUGCUAAACAAGAUUUAAAACGAGUAACGUUUUCAGUAGGCAAUCUAACAACAGAACAUUGUUUCUUUACAGACGAUUCACCCAGGGAUGAGUCGUUUGAACAUCAAAAGCAGAAAGGAAAUAUGCCAACGGAGGAAAUAACGCCAGUGAGAUUAGUAAAUCAUUAUGAACAUGCUUGUAUUCAAGCAGAAGAAGGAAUUCUAGAACGCUUUCAAAUGAUAUUAAAGCAUGCUAAAAGAAAUGAAGAUUUACAAUCAAUUAACUUGUCAAAACAGCCUAUUACUGUACAUCAAGCAAAUCCAUUAUCUAGUAUAUUCAUGUUGAAGUUUGGAUUAACUAGUUUAAAUGUAUCGAAUUGUAAAUUAGAAGAUGAGACUGUUCGUAUUUUAUUAUCUAGUUUAUUAGUGAGUAAUACGAUCGAACAUCUCAAUCUUUCAAAAAAUGAGUCGAUAAAAAUGAAGGGCUUUAAAUAUAUUGCAAUAUUUAUUAAACAAUCUAAAACGAUUCAGUCAAUAGAUUUGUCACAAUGUACAAUUGACAAAAGAUCAAUGGAAUAUUUAUCACAGGGGCUACGUUAUGCAACUAAUUUAAGACAUGUGGAAAUGAAUAAAUGUGCAUUAAAUUCGACUGUUGAAGCCGUUUUUGUAAAAGGAAUUUCGGAUAAUAACUCAUUAAUAUCUUUAUCAUUAUGUAAUAUACAAUCCAAUCAUCAUCAUCAAUGGCUGUCUCAACUUUUAACCUCCCAGAUGAAACUAGAAAGAUUGGAUUUAUCAAACAAUUAUCAGUUGCAUAUGAGUUCAUUGGCCAGCAGUUUAAUCAUCAAUCAUACCUUAACGCAUCUUUGUUUAUCCAACUGUAAAAUUAAUUUUGAAGGCUUGGUUCAUUUAUCGAAUGCAUUAAAAGAAAAUGAGUAUUUAAAAUCAUUGGACUUGUCGAAUAACCCCUUAGGAGGAGAGACAGACGAAGGUAUUUUCGCCUUAAAAAGUGCUUUAUUGAUGCAUAAUUCAAGUUUAGAAAGUCUAAAUUUAUCCGCAACACAAUUAGAGUCAAGUUCAGUGAUCGCAUUAGCUGAGGUCUUACCAGAGAAUACAGUAUUGACUAGACUUGAUCUAUCCAAGAAUCCCAAGAUUGAUAUAGCAGGACUUUUAGCACUUUCAAUUUCCAUUAAAAUGAAUCAUACCUUGACUUUUUUAGAUAUCAAUAUACCACCGAUGGAUGAAGAGUUAGCUAAUCUACAAAAUGAUAUUGUAGCAGUUUGCACGACAAAUAUGUUACAGAAAGUCGAACAACAUUGCCCAUCUUCUCGCAGUAGUUUACAAGAAGAAGAAUUUAAAGUAUUAUGAAAUAUAGUAAUAAUAAUAAUAAUAAUUUAUUUACACUCUAUGUACACUAUAUAUUAAUGAAGG